UUUUCUCUUAAUUAACAAAUAUAAACAACAUGUUCUUCUCUUAUUAGUUAUAUAUCCUCCUCAAUUUUCCAGCUAGAAACCUAGCUAAAGGACAUCUUUCUCUGGGGUUGCGUUAAAAUUUUGGUUCUUUCUCCUUAAUUAUGCACAGUUGUUUAAAAAACUUCAAUUUACAAAUCAAGUGGUCCAUAUGGUAACGUGAUUCCCACAAUGACAGUAUAGAUCCACACGUGACUGGGAAAAACUCAACUGCUACUUGGUUAAAACUACCCUCAGAAUAUGCCAUUAUCAUUGUUAAGAAUUGAUCUCUAGCUAGUCUCCAUCUCCUUGUGCCUGUUUUUCAGUAACAUCUCUUUCUUCUCUCUAGAAAGCAAGUAUGAAUAUUGCAACGUUAAUCUUUUUCUUCCUGAUUUCAGUAUCUCUGAUAUUGGGAUGGAGAAUAGCGAAUUGGUUAUGGUUUAGACCAAGAAAGAUAGAAAAAUACCUUAGGGCGCAAGGCUUCAGUGGAAAUCCUUACCGUCCGAUUCAUGGGGAUAGCAAGGAGAUGGCAGCCAUGAUCAAACAAGCGAAUUCUAAACCCAUCAACCUAUCGGAUGAUAUCAUUCCCCGUGCCCUCCCAUUCCACCAUCAUAUUAUCAACAAGUAUGGUAAGAAUUCUUUCUCAUGGAUCGGUCCAACUCCUAGGGUUUAUAUGAUGGAACCUGAACUGAUAAAAGAAGUCUUGACCAACAACACCACUUUCAAAAAGCCAACCCCAAACCCACUGGCCAAAUUUUUGAUAUGUGGAUUUGCUGGCUAUGAAGAUGAGAAGUGGGCUAAGCACAGAAAAAUGGUCGAUCCUGCUUUCUACAUAGAAAAAUUGAGGCAUAUGAUUCCCGCUAUGCAUACAAGUUGCAUUGAGAUGAUUAACAAGUGGGAGAUGUUGGCAUCAGAAAAGAUUACAAUUGAGAUUGAUGUGCAGCCCUAUUUAGAGGAUUUAACCUGCGAUGUGAUAUCGAGAACGGCUUUUGGGAGUAGUUAUGCACAAGGAAAGAUGAUUUUCCGACUUCAAAAAGAACAAGCAGAACUUACGCGGCAAGUUUUGCAAUCAGUAUACAUUCCCGGAUGGAGGAUUUUGCCAACAAAAAGAAACAGGAGAAUGAAAGAGAUUAACUAUCAGCUGUGCAGUUUUCUAAAGAAUAUCAUAAAUGGAAAACUGAAGGCCAUCAAAGCAGGAAUUGAUAGUGCAGAAAACGAUUUAUUAGGUAUUCUGUUGAAAUCAAAUCUAGAAGAAAUUAAAAAACAUGGAAAUAACAAUUUAGGAAUGAGAAUCGAUGAAGUGAUUGAGGAAUGUAAAGCAUUCUACUUUGCUGGGCAAGAAAGCACAUCAAAUUUGUUGUCAUGGACAAUGCUUCUAUUGAGCAUGCACCCGAGUUGGCAAAUUCGUGCAAGGGAAGAGAUUCGGCAAGCUUUUGGAAACAAAGUACCAGAUUUUGAUGGCCUAAAUCGACUAAAAACCGUAACGAUGAUUUUGUACGAGGUUCUAAGAUUAUAUCCACCUGCGAUCAUAUUUACAAGAACCAUAAAUGAAGAGACAAAAUUAGGAGAAAUGACUCUGCCCUCUGGAUUGCAAUUUCUGUUGCCAAUAAUCUUAGUUCAUCACGAUCGACAACUUUGGGGGGAAGAUGUAAAAGAAUUCAAGCCAGAGAGAUUUUCUCAAGGAAUCGCGAAGGCAACGAAUAAUCAGCUCUCUUUUUUCCCUUUCAGUUGGGGUCCCCGGAUGUGCAUUGGAAGCAAUUUCUCACUUAUGGAAGCGAAAAUCGCCCUGGUUAUGAUCCUUCGACGCUUUUCUUUUGAGCUUUCACCAUCUUACACUCACGCUCCCUCAUUUGUGGUGACUCUUCAACCCCAAAAGGGAGUUCACAUAAAGCUGCGAAAAAUAUAGAGACAAAAUUUUGCAUUGAACUUAUCUGUGUGUGUUCGAUAUUUCUGUAACAUACCCGUUGAAUAAAUUAAUGCAUCAUCUUUAGGUUAAUUAAAAAA